AUGCGCAGAAUACAACUGUUGAUAUACAUGCUAACGGUGAUGCUAAUGAGUGGGCUAAUAGUAGAAGUUGAAGCUCAACCGAUGUUUACUGCUUCUGUCAGUGUAGAAUCUGACGAAACAUCUGGUCCAUUGGAUUGUUCAUUCGGUAAAUUAUCCUCUAUAAUCGGACACAACAAUUUUUCAAUUCUGGGAAUGCUUCAGAAUUGUGCAAUAUUUUACAUUUUGGGUGAUAAUAUCAAAGCUAACAGCAACAUUGAUUUAUCGGAUAUUGAAGGAUCAUUAGAAUAUCAAUUAGUGAUAGCUCAAAAGAUGAGCAUAUAUACCGGGCAGUGCUUAUGGCAGAACAAUUCGGAAUUCUAUCUCAAUUGCUUAUUUGAUCGGAAGCAAUGGAAAAAGCAUUCGAUCAAACCAUCCAUAAAUGAUGACGAUACGGAAAUAAUUGGACAUGUCACUGACGUUGACGCUGAUAUCCUUCACGUCUUUUACAUUGACGGUUAG